AUGCCCACGUCCUUGGCUCCCGAUGACCUCGGGCGCGUCGCCCCAACCCCCGUCGCCGGAGUCAUGGAUGGCGAAGCCCCCUCCACCGUGAGCGCGUGUGACGACGACGAUAGCUUCGACCAGGAGUCGGCCCGGCGCAGCCGUCUAAUCCGGCAGAAGCAAGUCGUUCGCGUCGUCUCCCUGAUAUUCGCCACCUUUGCUGCUCUCUGUGCCGGCUCCAUCGUCGUGUUCUCGCUGUACGCCCCACGAUUCCAGUCUCGCCUGCGAUACACCCAGUUCCAGGUCAACGGCGUCGCCAUCGCAGGCUCCGUCGCCCUGUACCUCCCCAUCUCCGUCAUGGGGUACGUAUGCGACCGCGUCGGCGUUGCGCCCCUUUCGCUCCUGUCCGCCGUCUUGUUCGGAACCGGCUACGGUACGGCCGCCGCGAUUUACCGAAAGCUCGAUAUUGAGUACAACGCCAUUGGGAAGCCUCACGGCGCGGGCAAUGAAUGGUCGUAUCCGGCCAUGAUCUUUGCCUUUGUGUGCGUCGGCACGGCGACCUGUUCCAUGUACAUGGCUUCGGUGUCGACAUGCGCCAAAAACUUUGGCAAGGGCAAAUACAGAGGCCUGGCUCUGGCCAUGCCUAUAGCGGGAUUUGGGUUGAGCGGCAUGUGGUUGAGCCAGUUCGCGAGCCGCUUCUUGUAUGAAACGGCGCCCGACGGAUCCAGGGGCGACGUUGACGUCUUUCGCUUCUUUCUCUUCUUGGCCAUUUUGCUCUCCGUCGUGGGUUUCCUCGGCUGCUUCUUGCUGCGUGUUGUCGAUGAAGAGGAUCUUAUCGAAGAAGCCAUUGAGGAACUCGAGGCGAGCGGCUUGCUGAAUGGCAGCUCGCUGCUUGACCGGUCACAGCAAGGCUACGGGUCGGCUGGUGCCGGUUCCGGUGCCGGUGCUGUUACAGACCGGGCCGACAUGGAGACACGCUCCCUGCUAGACUCGUCAAAGGACGGCGACGCGCAGUGGAAGAAGAAUCGGGUUCUCAACGCCGAGACGCAUCGGUUCCUCACUGAUCGUACCAUGUGGCCAUUCGCCCUGUCCUUUUUGCUCAUGAUCGGCCCCGGGGAAGCCUUCAUCAACAACCUCGGAACCGUCAUCGGCACACUGACGCCUCCCGCGACCGAGGGCUUUGGCGAGACAACGUCGGCGGCCACGCACGUGUCCAUCUUUGGCGUCACGAGCACUGUUGCCCGACUAUUAAUUGGCACCCUUACCGACUUGCUUGCUCCCGCCCCGGACACUCAGCACAUCCAGAUCUCCCCUUCCCACCCCCGCAGCAGCCAGCGGUCCUCGGCGGCCACAAGAUUCACCAUCUCUCGCGUGGCAUUCGUCCUCUUCUUCGCCGGCCUCAUGUCUAUAGGCUUCAUAUUUCUCGCAUCGGGAGCAGUACAAAACCACGCCGACCGCUUCUGGGUUGUUUCCGGCCUGGUGGGAGCAGGGUACGGUGCCAUCUUCAGCCUGACUCCCCUCAUCGUCACCAUCAUUUGGGGCGUCGAGAACUUUGCCACCAACUUUGGCAUCAUCGCCAUGUUGCCGGCUUUGGGGUCGACCUUUUGGGGGCUCGUUUACUCGGGAAUCUACCAGGCCGGCGCCAAGCGGUCGACGCCCCCGUCUGACGGCACCGGCAGCGACCAUUUGUUUUGUCACGGCAAACGUUGCUAUUCCGCGACAUUCUGGGCCAAGGGGAUAUGCGUCUGGGUAGCGUGCUUGCUGGUGUUGUUUGCAUGGAAGGGCAGGGGCGGAUGGAAGGAAAGAGGGAUUGUUAUUUGA